GAAAGGGUUCAAGAUAUUUACUGCAGGAGCCAAGAUUCUGUUCACCAUGUUGAGUGGUGCUCUGCUGAAUUCACUUUAAUUCUAGAUGAUUUCAUGGCGAAAAGCUGAAACAUUUCCAACAUCACUCACUUCUGUUUUUUUCUUUUGUAAUAAUGAUGUUGCGAUGUUUCACCCUCCUGGUUUUGUUCUUCAGUAGUAGUCAUGUGACAAACAAGUCUGAGGAAAAAUCUUCAGUUGAGAUAACUGAAGGUGAAGAUGGACUUUUAAACUGCAGCUUCAUCUUGACAGAAGGAUAUAACAACAGGGAAUUUAUAGUGUACUGGAUCAAGACCAAUGAAAAGAACAGUAACUGUGUGUAUUCUUAUAAUUUUGAAAGGGAUGGUAUAACGUUCAAUCACCACUGCAAUGUACAAGAAGAACUGCUCUCCAGGCUCUCAAACCACACUGAAGGCAGUAACACUCAUAACAUCAGGAUCAGUAACGUAACAGAGUCAGACGCUGGACAAUAUCUUUGUGCCUUACAAGUGCACAUACAUAAUAAUAAAAAUGGAAACUGGAAGAUCAUCAAAAAUAUUAGAGUCAGUGUACAUAAAGACAAAGGAUCUGAAAUAGCUGGAAACAGUGCUGAUAUCGAGUUUCUUGUCCGCUUAUGUGUUACACUGCCAAUAAUCCUGGCUGUUCCAAUAGCAGUUAUUGUGAUAUAUUUCUGGGAAAAGAUUAGAAUUUCACCAAGAUCUCAGACUAUGGAACUGCAAACAAUCCAACAUCGAGAUGAAUCUAUAUGAACUAUGAGGCAUGAGAGCAGCACAGCACUUAUGAAGAGUGGAUGUUUAAAAUGUGUUAAAUACUGUGUGUGAUCUUUAUUAUGGCUUCUUUUACUUCUUUAAACUCUCCCAAUA